GGGGGUGGGGAAAUGGAAUCGACUCCCCACGCAUGCGCAGGGCCCCAAGCAGGCGGCGGGAGUCUCCGGAUCGCGGCCGCCUCGCGCGAGACGCCGGUAACCUCGGAGCCACGAAGGAGGAGGCUGGUGGACGACGAGGUGGUGGACGACGAGGUGGCGGCGGACGAGGACGAGGAGGACGAAAGAAAACGAGCAAACAAGAGGAGGAAAAGCCACCACGUGCUGUGGCAUUCAAGCAAAGACCAGGCCAUCAAUCAUCACCUCUUUAAGAAAGAAACGAGCAUCUGGGGAACGGUUCUGCUCUGACCGAGACUGAAGCAGAGGUGCAAGGAGACGCAGAGCGUGCGUGAGGAGGAGAGGGAAGGGGAGGGAGAUUCGUGGAGGGACAGCAGAACCCCGGAGCGUGGGAGGAGACAUGGCGUCUAGCAGCGGCACCGAUGACGACCUCACCAUCCCACGCGCAGCCAUCAACAAACUCAUCAAGGAACUGCUGCCCAAUGUCCGCGUUGCCAACGACGCGCGCGAACUCGUGGUGUCAUGCUGCACCGAGUUCAUCCACCUCAUCUCCUCCGAGGCCAACGACAUCUGCAACAAGUCGGAGAAGAAGACCAUCUCCCCGGAGCACGUCAUCAAAGCGUUGGAGAGCCUGGGGUUCGGCGCCUACAUAGGCGAGGUGAAGGCCGUGCUGCAGGAGUGCAAGACGGUGGCGCUUAAGCGGCGCAAAGGCAGCUCGCGCCUCGAAAACCUCGGCAUACCCGAGGAGGAGCUCCUGCGCCAGCAGCAGGAGCUCUUCGCCAAGGCAAGACAGCAGCAGGCGGAGAUUGAGCAGCAGCAGUGGCUUCAGAUGCAGCAGGCGGCUCUGCAGGCGCAGCAGGCAGCCGCGAGCAGUGCGGCAGCCACCCAACCGGGGUCCUCGCAGGGGGACGACGACGAUGACAUGUGAUUGGUUGAAAAGUGUUACGGUCGCUUGCAUACGUGUGUGCGCGCGUGCGGCAUGUGUGUGUGUGUGCGUGAGAGUGCGUGUGUGUGUGUGCAUUUACUGGUAUAAACUCAGAUCGUAAUACAGGACACGGUGCGUUCUGGGUCUGCAGCCUCCAACUCGAUAAUGGCAGGUUUAAGAAGGAGAAGCUGUGAGCAACGAUGGAUCGCUCUACACUAAAAACCCGCGCGAUCGUGCGAUGGCGGGUUCUUUUUAACGACGCAGCGGAGGGAGGCGUCAAAAGGGGGGAGCCAGGGGGAGUGGGAUGGGGUGUUGGGAGAGGGCGCCGUUUGCUUGAGUUCGAAUUACUCGAGGGUAUCCGCGGGUUGUCUUGUUUAGCUCUCCCCCCCCGUGUUCUCGGGUUCUGCGUCUCGUUUGACACGUGACGUCUCGGACAUUUCCUUCCACCUGCCGGAGGCGCCUUUGGAAGACUUUAAUUCACCUCGUGAAGAAGCUUCCCCCCCCCCACCUCUCCUUCCCCAGCACGUGUCGCGAAACAUCGGACAUCGUGCCGAACAAAAAGCGUGGCACAGCCCGAAAGCGCACGGGAGAGAGCGCUGUGGGUUCAAAUGGCCCACUCAUUGAGUGUUAUCGGAGGGUGUUAAUGCUGCUGCUAAGGUGAAUUCCUCCGAUAGCGUUGAAUGCGCAUGAGCAUUCGGCCAACUGACGGAGCAAGAGAAAAAUCGCGCAGAGGCCUUUGGGUUACUUGGGCGACGUUUGCCCGACACGGAACUUUCGCGCCAAGACUCGUCCGUUCAUUUAUACGAGGAAAGAACUUAUUUAAGAGUUUUAUGAUGUUUUAACUUUUUGAUCCGACUGUAAUAUUAAAACUGUGGGCUUUUUUAAUGCACCUCGCAGUGUCGUACAAACGUAAUCACUGGAGAGCGAGGUGACGGCUGCGGUGUUUCUAGGUGUCUACUCAUUCACAAUGCUGAAUAUAGUUUGUUUUAGUUCCGCCCCCACCCCACCCCAACCCCACAACCUCGUCCGUCACCAUGUUUCAUUUUCCAGUAUUGUCAGGCAAUAAACGAUGUUGAACGUGUGUUACCGCGCGGGCGAAACGCGCCGGAGACUGUGGUAAGGAUUCGUACAUCCAUCGAUUAGUAUUCGAUCCUCGAGCUCGCGAGCCGGCGUGCGAUGAAUCGCGCGUGUCGUCGUCCCGUUCGCGCGCCCCCGCGUGCCACGGCCACCGCCGCCACCUUUGCGACCACCAAAUGCCGCUUUUGACCAUUUACCGCAAUCGUGCGGCGAAAAAUAUAUUUUGGAGUUCAAUAAGCGGCGGCGAGCUGCGACAAUUCACAGAUUCGCUCGCGGGGUUGAAUUCUUACGUCCCUUGUGCACACUGGAAGGUGUAUAGCAUUGUCUGACCUUUGAUCAAAUUAACCGUGUCCUUCACUCAUUGUGAAAGACAUUAAAGACUCGUGUGCGAUCAUCCCAGCCACUUUGAUUGUAAAAAGGCGCAUCUCGGUACAAAAGUGUUCGUUUUGCCAAAUAUUUAUCGAGGGCUUCGUGGCGUGCACAAUGAGAAGAUCCACUCGACGUUACUGUUAAACGUGUUGCAAUCCGUUUGAAAUCGAGGUUUGCCGUCUGCGUACGCGAUGUAACAAUGUCUUGAUAGCUGAUCAAGAAAUGGCCCUGAUACAGUCCUUGUGACGUUACUCGCACUUACAAUCCAAUUAUUCACCUUUUUGAACACGGGGCAGGAGUCGGUGCAAAGGGCGAUGGUCUUUUAUGCAUUUCACGAAUGCUGUUGAAUAGUUGGAAGGAUGUUGAUUGUGGCUGAUGAUUGGUGACCGGCUUGAGUCCAACAACUUUGUACAUGCGAGAACCUUUACGUGUAUGUAUGUUGAACUUCUUUCGCACCGUACGUAGCCAAACGUGCUUAUCGGAGGUGCGGGAAAUCACGGGCGACUGCAACCUAGAAUGGAACCCAGGUUCUCAGAGUUGCUGCCUCAUCGUGCCGAUGUUUCUGACACCGGUAUAUUUAGAUUUGUAUACACACAUAUAUAACUAUCACGAAUGUGGGAUGCUGCCACAGUGGCGUACAAGUCAGCGAUCCAGAGGUCACCGGUACGGUUCCAUUUCCCGGCACCGCAGUUAAAACAAAGGUGCGAGUUUCUGAAAUCCCCAUGUCUCUGUUACACCCAGCAGCGUAAAUGGGUGCGUGUGCGCGUACAUACAUUGAACUUCUUUAGCACCGUACAUGGCCGACCGUGCUACUCGGAGGUUUGAGGAAAAUACAAAAAAAAACUAAAUCGGGUUGCGUGUGGUGGGCUAAAGUAUGGGUACUCCAAACUCUUCCAUAACAUCUAUCCGUCGUGGAAGAGUAGUCUAAUGUACCCUCUAGAAGCGAUCUCUAGAGCUCUCUCUAGUGGAGAUGCUUCUGCUUGCAGUGGCGUAAGCAAUUGCCUCCUGGGCUGCAAUCCUUGCUUUUUAUACAGUGUAUAUAUGCAACCACCCUCUAGCCACUAGAGGCCGCUACAUUCACAGUUUUAUUGAAAAAAAGAGAGAAGAAUGGAUUCUUGAAUAUUCGACCACGGAUGGCGACGGCGCGUUGGGAUAUACGAAGGGGAGUGGGAAGUGAAUCGCUGCUGGCGAGGGGGUGUGGGAAGGCGGCAUAGUUUUACAAAGCGGAUAGGGUAAUUUUCGUGCACAGCGCGAGUCUAUUGCCCAUCUUUUAUAGGAGUGCUUUGUUGGCUGGUUGACAUUUGGGCGGGUUUCCCCAGAACCCCCUCUCGUAAAGAUCUACCGGCACAAAUUGUAGAGUGUCGCAUUCGGCAGCCUGUGGUGCGUUCGUGAAGAUUGUGUUUUACCAUCGGGCCAGUUUUGUUCAGGCGACGUCUCCGUUCCGUGAUGCAGCGAACAGGCCGCAUCAAAGACAUCCACAAUAGAGGGUUUUUUUGGGGUUAGAUCGUGUAAAUAUAUGAACGUGUCGCUAAACCCGCCACCACCCGACACAGCCACCAACCAGUAAGGGUUGCCACGUAAACAGAACGUGCCAAUUCGUCACUAGUACAGCACACCCGUGCGUUGAAGAGCCAAGCCACAUUUACAAUCUGAGUAGAACUCGCUUCAGCACGUGACAGCCCUUACUAGUUGGUGAUGGCGGGUUUAACGACAUUUUUGCGAUCUAACCCAAAAAAAACUUAUGGAUGAUAUUGGUCGCGAAAGCCUACGUUUUAAAACGCAUCAAAGACCACAACAAAAACACAGACGCUACAAACAUAAUUUCUCCAAUUAAUAUUAUGGAACUUAUUUAUUAUUAACCAACGUAGACUAGGAAUGGGGUGGAGAAUUUAGAGCGUGUCAUCUGUCUUAAUUUCAUGUUAAAGUGAUCGGGGUUUUUUUUACUUGCAGUCGUGUUGGCACCGGGCAGCUUGCUGACCCUUGACCUGUGAAGAGCAGAUAAUGGGAGGCAGCCUGGCUGGUGGCCUCACAUUUUACUCCCCAGUUAAAAAAAAAACUUCUCGUGAAAGAAGAAGCAAAAAAACACAACAAGAAGAGAGCUUUGUUUCCAGCAGUUAUGUCUCGCGAUGUUUUAAAGGGUUCGAAGUUGUGUUUAGUCGAGCGCAUCUGCAAAGUGUUUUAACCAAUAAAGAGAAUGCAUUGUUGAAAAAGGUGCCUCCCACACCCACCCACCCACGCACCCACCCACCUUUCUGUGUUGUCUGAAAUUUAGUCUUUAUUAAAAAAAGAACAAACUUU